CAGCAGGUGGCAGCAGUGCAACUAAUUGGAUGCAAGCUGCCGUAGAACUCCAAAGAAGAAGAAGAAGAAGACGACAACCAUAAACCCUUAUUUUAUCUCAGAGGACGAAGAUGACAAACCAAAAUGUAUCGAUUGUGAUUCUUUGACCAUUAUUUGUACAUACUAGGUUGUUUUUUUUCCGGGGAGCUGCGGCAGUUUGCCGGGACAUGGCGGACAAGGCGGCCCAGGAGAGCGCCGGGUCCCGGGGCUCCGAGCCCCGGGACUCCGGGUUCCGGACCCCCGGGCUGAGGGGAGCCCAGACCACCACGAUGUUCCGAGCCUUCAACCCUGAGCUCUUCAUGAAACCAAACAAGCCGGUGAUGGCGUUUGGACUGGUGACCAUCACGUUGUGCGUGGGUUACCUGGGAUACAUGCACGCUGUCAAAGAAAACGACCAGGAGCUUUACGAGGCCAUCGACAGCGAGGGCGAGAGAUACAUGAAGAGGAAAACCUCCAAAUGGGACUGAUGCCACUACGUGUUGUUCCACACUGUACACGUGUUUGAGAGAGAAUUCGUUUGUCUUUUAAAUCACGGACUGAAA